AUGACUUCCUAUGAUGAAGAGGUAAUCCGCCAGGAGGUUGCGGUCAUUGGGGCAUUGGCCCGAGGGCUGAACCAGUUCCUCAACGACUUGUCACCCAAUGACCUGCGUCGACACUCCGCGUGCGACGCAUGGACCGUGCGCGACGUGGCCGGCCACCUCACCAACCGCGCCGAACGGCAGAUCACCAGCAUGACCCGCGGACGCGAGGGCGACUCGGGCCCGCCGCCCGGGUUCAGUGCUCCGUCGGACAUGAUGGCAAUGUCGGCCGCCAACGCGGACGCCGACAUCGCCUACUCCAUUUCCAUGGGCGACGAUCUGCUGCCCACCUUCGAGCGGCGCUAUCGGGAACUGCACCUGCUGCUGAACAGUUUCGGCGGCGACGAUUGGCGCUGCGCCUGCUGGCAUCCCCGCCGGGGCACCAUGACGGCGCGCGAAUACGUCAGCCAGCGCAUCCAGGAGCUCGCAGUGCACGACUGGGACAUCCGGAGCGCGUUUCGAUCCGCAGGCUCCCCUGCAUCCGGACGCGAUCCCCGUGUUGUUGGGGAUGUCCGCGCGCUGGCUCCGGUCGGCGCGGGCCUCCAUCCUAACCUCGACGACAUCGACAUGGUGGUCGCCUGCAACGCCAACACGUACCUGUUGCUGGCCUAUGGCCGCGUCGACGUGGACACGGCGGCGAACAGCCUGGUCGCCAUUGGAGAGGAAGGGCUGCUCGAGCGGUUCGCCAGUUGGAUGGUGGGGUUCUAA